UUGAAUACAUUUUAAAGUGCCUUGUUCAUCGGCAAACACACAUCGCGUGUAGCCUUUACGAUUCAACAGGUUCAUCUAGCAAAUUCGGCAUGCAUGUGAUCCAUUAACAAUCCAUUAUUUCAUUAAAAAAAAAAUCAACCUUUAUCAUCGGCCGUCCUGUUGUUGUCAGCGUUAGCUAACUUUACCUCUGUUAUCGUCCACCAAAUUCUUGGCGGUGUGCGGUUGUGAAGCAAUUAGAAACAUUUGGAUUUAACUGAAACAAGUACUGGGAGGUGUAUCAAGUGUAUACCGAAUGUAAAAUAAGGUGGUCACGUUUCAUUAAACAUUGAGAGGCACGUUUUACGAAGUGUUAUUCGUUUUCACAUUAUAGUGCCGUCUCGAUAUUGCCAUAUUUUAAUGGAGUUUGGCAUGUCCCCUACCCACGUCAAAUCUGAGCUAAUUACCAGUGCCAGUGAAGAGCAUGUGUACUCCUAAUCCAGGAUUACCUAGCACACAAACCGCACUGGAGUUGUAGACCAGGCGUUAUAAUAAGGAGUAAAACAACGGUAUUUAAGACGUGGUAAAAUCAGUAGCUAGGACUGUAACAAUGCGCAUGGGUAUUUUCAGACCAGUGGUUAAACAACAGUUAAAUGUUAUUUUGAUGCUAAUUAUUAGCCUUCAGUCCGUCUCUUCCUGUGAUAUCUUCACGUUUCUAAGAAUGGGGAAUUUCACAUCCUCCACUGCUGGGGGUCUGUCCAGCACAGCCUGUGUACAGUAUGUUAGGGAGGUGGUGUCACAGAACUGUGUUGUGAUAUUUUCCAAGACCACCUGUCCUUAUUGCAAAAUGGCCAAGAACGUGUUCAAUGAAAUUGGUGCGACCUACAAAGUGAUUGAACUGGAUGAGCACAAUGAUGGGAGGAGACUGCAAGAGGUCUUAGCUCAGAUGACUGGUGCCAGAACGGUGCCGAGAGUCUUCAUUAACGGAAACUGCAUCGGGGGUGGCUCUGAUACCAAACAGCUCCAUCAGCAGGGAAAGUUGGUGCCCUUGAUCAAACAGUGUGCUUCCUGCUGCGCUGCGACCAGCUCCGAAGGCUCGGGUAGCGGACAGUUUGAGUCCACUAAAUGACUAACCGUUCUUGUACUUUUUUUCAAUCCUGUAUUUAUUAAAUGUUUGCUUGAUCUCGUGCUACAGGUUGUACAUUGCUUAAGUUCAGCUAUGUUAUUUAUCAAAGUGCAUUGGAUACUUGAUGUUAGGCUACAUACAUUUUCACCCAGGGAUGUACAGUAUUAUUAUUAAUGCUGCCAUCUUUUAAACAAAACCUGUGAAUAGUGGAACUACUUCUCAUAUCUUCUGCAUGGUGGUUUUAUUGAAAAAUAUUAGUCAUAAAAAGGCACGAUCUCUUUAAGCAUAAAACAUCAUCAAACUGAACAUCAUUGGAUCGUGUAUAUCAAGUAUUGACCGGAUUCGAUACUCAUAUAUUCUUUAAAUUGAGUUUAUUUGAGGUCAUGCGAGAUUAAUACAGAUUUUUGUAUGAUUAGCACAUUUUAUUGUGCCAAGUAUUUGAACAUUAUAUCUUAUUGGGAAAUGUUAGUUUUUUUGAAUAGACUGUAUGUGAAAAAUAUAGUAAUUUUGUAUUUAUUUAUUUUUUUUACUUGCUUGUCAAAGCAUUUUCUACAUCAAUGUAUCAGAGAAUUCAGCAGUAGCUGUGUUUGUGUCUGAAUUUCUAUAUUAGUAGGUGGUUGGUUUAAAGUGUACCAUGUAAACCAUGAUGCUGGUCAGUGUUAUGAAUAUAUAGAUCAAUUGGCGUGUGUAUAAAGUCACAACCACUCUUAAACGUUUCCUUAAUGCCUUGAAUGUGUAUUUCUAAUUAUGAAUAAAUAUGAAUGAAGGUCCACUA